AUGGAUUGGAGCCGUUGCGAAGAUAUCGAAUACGAUUGUCGGUAUGAAAACAAUAACGUUAUCCAAACAGACAAUCCCAACUAUUUCGAUGUCGAAACUGGACUCGCAUCACCAGCCGAGAGUCGCAGUAGUGGAAUUUUCACAUUCCGUAAACGUUUGUCGAGCUCCAAUAAACAAUCACCACCGUCAACGAUUGGAAAAUACAACAACGUUGAAUCAAAACGACGUGGAAGUUUGAAGAAUUUAUGGCGUUCGCGAAGCAACAGUACAACGAUAAAUAAUCCAAAGGAGGCGAAGACUUUGCCUACGUGUAGGAAUGCACAGAUGACACCUACGAACCAAUCAAGUUUCCACUCGCGGCUCGAAACUUACAGUGAAUCUCAUAACAACGAUACUGACGAUGUGUUCUACACAAAAUCGAGUGAUCAUAAAUUUUACAGUUUAUCACACAACUCCAAUUCCACUGUUGAUGGAUCAGCACAAGCACGACGUCAUUCAGUUGGAACAUUUGCAAACAAAGACAAAAUCUGCACGACAAGCUUCAUCGACGAAGCACCGUUGGAGAUUGCACCGAAAGCACCAUCACAAUUCAGAAGAACGAGUCGAGGUUUAGGCUCGUUUACAUCUUGA